GUCAUUUAGCCGGCUGCCCCCGAUCAAAGUUGAUUGCGUGAGACCAAAGGCAGGUUUUGGGUGACAAAGGCGGUUUUUCGUGGGGUCUAAGACGGUUUCCGUUCUCUUUGAUCACCAGAUUUGAAUUAUUUCAAAGGAUCCUAAGGGGUGUGGCGAUGGAGACCAAGAAACCGGCCUCCCCGAGGGCCCCACCGAUGCCGGAAAAGUUUAUCCGGCAUGCGGAAUGCUGUAGAUUCGACCGGGUUCAGGCCAGGGGCUGCUGCAUUGUGCCGGUAGCAACGAGGGACGCUUGGGACAGGCUCUUCAGUGAGGGGUACAGAGCGGAUGUUUGCGUCUUCACUGAUGGGGGCGGACUCAUACCCGCUCACUACACUGUACUUGGUAUGGCUUCCCAGGUGUUAAAAAACAUGGUAAAGCUGUCGAGAUCGAGGGGACGGCGACGAUCAAUCUCCAUCCGUGGGGUGCCUCAUCAGGCCGUCCACACCUUCCUCCGUUUCCUAUACUCUUCUUGCUACGAGCAAGAAGAGAUGCAACGAUACGUACUCCAUUUGCUAGUCCUUUCUCAUGUCUUUGUGAUCCCAUCUCUGAAGCAAGCAUGUGUGAGAGAGUUAGAGAGAGGAAUGAUCACAAUAGAGAAUGUGGUGGAUGUGUUCCAACUGGCUAGGCUCUGUGAUGCGCCUAGGCUAGCAUUGGUGAGCCACAGGAUCGUGGUUGGCAGCUUCAAGGCGGUGUCGGCCACUGACGGGUGGAAGGUCAUAAGGAAGAGCAACCCUAGGCUCGAGAAAGAGCUCAUCGAGUCCGUGGUCGAGGCUGACUCUAGGAAGCAGGUGAAAUUGAAGAAGGCAGAGGAGAAAAGGAUUUACAUACAGCUAUAUGAGGCAAUGGAGGCCCUCAUCCACAUAUGUAGGGACGGCUGCCGAACAAUCGGGCCCCACGACAAGGUUCUGAAGGCAGACGAGGCUCCAUGCACAUUCCCUGCAUGCAAGGGCCUCGAGUCAUUGCUGCGCCACUUUGCGGGGUGCAAGGCCAGGGUCCCUGGGGGUUGCGCGCACUGUCGGAGAAUGUGGCAGUUGCUUGAGCUCCACUCUCGAAUGUGCACUGAACCAGACCUUUGUAGGGUACCUCUUUGCCGGCAUUUUAAGGAGAAGAUGCAACACCUAAACAAGAAAGAGGAGGUGAAGUGGAAGGUAUUAGUAAGCAAAGUUUUGGGUGCCAAGACCAUCUCCUUCACUCCCUUCCCCUCAUCUGUAGUCUCUGCAUCAGCUUAGUGCCUCAAUGUUCACACACAUAUCUUAUUGUCUUGAGGUAGGGGGUCACCUUUGUGGAAUAUGGUCAAAAUUGGUUUUUUUUUUUUUACAUUUUUUUUUAUUGGUGAAAAUGGUUUUAAUGGUGAUGAAAUUUCCAUUGUAUACCUCUGUUACUUUAGCUUCAAGAAUAU